UUCUUUCACAAUAAACAGUUUGCGAAGCCGGCGCACUUGUCGUCCAUGUGUGACAGGACAUUGUGCGUUGUACCUGAUACCGGUGUUGACAACGUAGUUAUACACCGGUACUUAGGCAUGGUGUUCAUAUUCCCCGAAAUCCAUAUUGAUGGACUGCAUCAAACAGCCCACUUCAGCCUUCUACAGAUAAUGCAUGUUGCAUUGCGUGGCUUAUUUGCUUUCUGUCUUCUUCUAGACUUGGUGGUGACCCCGGAGGGUAGCGGAUGAAGGAAAGAAGCCAAUCAUCGCAGCUUUCUUUCUACGCGCUCUCCAGCCUAAUCAUCACUCUGAACAUUGUGUGGUAUUGCCGGAUGGGACGUAGGUGGCUGGUGGAUACAUGGGAGGGCCUGCCAUCCAAUCCUUCCUCCAAAGUGGGUAGUACAUAGGGGAAUGAAAGGAAACUUUCAAAAGCUAUAUAGAGCUUGCCCUUUCCCUCGGGGCCGAUGAAUUGUCGUCGAUCUCAGCACUCCCGCCAAAGCGACACCGUAUCUGUUUAAUACCCGCAUCCAUCAAUACGAACAAUAAGCAAAUAUACCUAGAAUGGCGCGCGAAAAUCCUACCGGAGUCACUGCAACUGCUCGCAAGAGUAUUAUUGUCGAGCCAGUGGAAGCUGAUUUGGAACCAUGGACGUGUUGCAGGUGUGCAGUAGUAAAUCAUGCAUGUGCUGGAGAAUGUGGCUCUUGUGGCCAUCAGUUCUGUCAAGACUGUCCACCAGGCUAUUAAGGCUUUCGUGAGUGAUGGGCUCUCUUCGGACAUAGCUGGUGGGCAUUCCUUGGUAAUCAUGUCUCUUCGUCCACCUAUCCCAUACUCUCAGUUCUAUCCUCCGGCAGUGAACACUAGGCUGUCCUAUACUUCUAUUACCUACACAGCUGCUAUCAACACUACAGAGAAAGCAGAAAAUUUGAUGACCAGAAUAUGAACAGAACUUGUCACACUGUGUGCUUAGCUUAUUAUACACAGCUAGAGAUUCCUCUAAGAGAAGGGUAAUCC